AUGCCGCCGCAGCAAAGUUCGGUGCCUCCACCGGCUGGUGGUUCAGCAGGGCCGCAGUCGCAGCAGAACCUUAACCAAAUUGUGCUAGAAUAUCUGAGCAAGAAAGGGUAUGUCCGCACCGAGGCCAUGCUCCGCAAAGAGUCUGAACCUACUACCACGAAUGGCGCCUCCCUCGUUGCACAAAAUUCUGAUCAGGGCGGCGCGAAAGCGACGAAAGCAUUCGAGCUGUUGCGGAAGUACAUGGACGACAUCCUGGACGUGUACAAGCCCGAACUGCGCAAGUUAUUAUGGCCGGUCUUCGUCUACUCGUACCUGGAUCUCGUGCGCGAAUACUUCACCAAAGACGCGGAAGCUUUCUUCGCGAAGUACAGGAAUAACUUCGAGCGCGAUCACCCGCAGGAUGUUAACACUCUCAGCGCCGUGCGGUUGCCGGUACAUUUAACAACUGACAGUCUCGCAAAGCUAUAUCUGGACAACAAGUACCGCGUGACCAUGACGCUGAUGCCAUUUUACAACUUGAUCCAAUUCUUGGAAUCCAAGAUAUUUGAAGGAGGACAAGCCCUCAUAGACGUCAUACGAGACCACUUGAACAUCGUCACUGUAGAUCGGACAGCGACGACUGAGAGAAGCAUCGCCGCAAUCCUCGCUAGCGGACAGAAUGAUGAAGAGCUUCCUGCGGAAGACGAAGGCAUACCCGGUCAUAACCCCGGUCACCCGCUCACAUCGCGCCACGACCCUGAAGCUGAGGCUUCCCGGAUUCGGCUCACACUUGGCCCAUACCCUCUGGAUCAGGAAUUGCAGGAAGAUGUGCGUGCGACGCUCCAAGACGAGGACGCCAAGAACGCGCCAAGGCCAGGACAGCCUUCACUUGUGGAUGAAUAUGAGGCGCGCAUAAAACGCGAGCCGACUGACGACGUUCCCUCUCGUGACAUGGUACCUCUUCCUCCGUCACUAGCCCGAGACGUCUCAAUGGAGGUGCAGAAAGUGGUUGAACAUCGGGAUCGCUACAGGCUAGAGGGUACCAGGACAGGCGGCGUCGGUCCUGGAGUGAGCGUCACCAUGUACACCUUCCACAACACAUACGACAGUAUCAACUGCAUCGACUUCUCCGGAGACAACAAGCUCGUUGCGGCUGGCAUGGCCGAGUCGUAUAUUCGAGUAUGGACAAUGGACGGCAGUGCCCUCAUAUCUCCCUCGGACAACUCACAACCCGCUUCUUCCCGACGGCUAGUCGGUCACUCGGGGCCCAUCUACGCAGUCGCCUUCUCCCCUGCCACGAUCAACCCAGAUCCCAGCGGCCCUCCAACAUCAUCACAAUACCUCCUCUCCGCAUCAGAAGAUAAGAGUGUUAGACUAUGGUCUCUCGAUGUCUGGCAGUGCCUGGUUGCCUACCGCGGUCACGACAACCCCAUUUGGGACCUACAAUGGGGACCCUACGGUCAUUACUUUCUCACAGGCUCAAACGAUCGUACCGCCCGUCUCUGGGCCACUGACCACAUUGAACCGCUGAGGAUAUAUGUCGGACACGAGAACGACGUCGACUGCGUAGCAUUCCACCCGAAUAACCUUUACAUUUUCACCGGUUCUUGCGAUAGGACAGUGCGGAUGUGGCACACCUCUGGUGGCAAUUGUCUUCGCCUGUUCACUGGACAUACCGGGAAUGUCACAGCUAUUGCCUGCUCACCUGAUGGUAGGACACUCGCCAGCGCAGACGACAUGGGCAACAUCAUCUUAUGGACACUCGAAACUGGUCGCCGAAAGAAGCGCAUGCGUGGUCACGGCAAGGGCGGCAUCUGGUCCCUUUCGUGGAGCGUCGAGUCUACCAUUCUCGUGUCUUGCGGCGCCGAUCAGACAGUGCGCGUCUGGGACGCUGUACAGGAAACUAACGAGUCGACCUCCAAAGCUGCCGACGGCACUGCUGCGGCGAAAGCGGAUGGAGCCUUGACUACGAAGGGAGCAUCUGGGGCCCCUGUCACAGGCGCGAAAAAGAGUGCCAAAGAGUCAGGUGUUACAGCAGAUCAGAUCAGCGCGUUCCAGACGAAGGAGAGUCCUGUCUAUAAGGUGCAAUUUACCAGGAUGAACUUGGUGCUCGCGGGUGGUGCUUACCUGCCUCGGCCGACCAGGUAG